UCUUACCUCAUUCAAUUCCAGUGGCUAAACCAAAUUGAAGGAGUAGAGAAAGAGGGCUUAUCGACGAGAAUUCUUCACCUAAGAAACAAUUGAAAUUUUCACAAAUGAGUGCAGGAGGAGCAUUUGGUGGAAACAGAGGAGCAAGACCAGUGCCACCAGAAAAGGGUGUUUUCCCUUUGGAUCAUAUGCAUUUAUGUGAUCUGGAAAAGAAAGACUAUAUCAACUGUCUCAAGUUUGAGGGCCAUAAAUCUGAAAAAUGCAGACACUUCUCCAAGAAGUAUCUUGAGUGUCGUAUGGAGAAGUAA